AUGUCUGAAGUACAGGGGACGUUGGAGUUUUCUGUAGAGCUGCACAAGUUUCACAAUGUGGAUCUCUUCCAGAGAGGAUUCUACCAGGUCCGAGCAGGGUUGAAGGUCUCUCCUCGUGUACCACACAGGUUGAUAGCAACAACACCAGGGAAUGCAGGUGACUGUAGUUUCAGCUCUGCGGGGGUCCAUGAUGGGGUCCAUGAGGACACUACAGUGUUCAGCCGGAUCUUCCAGAUCCUCUACCGAAACGAAGAGGUCAAUGUCGAUGACCGCAUGCUCUUCAAGGUCCACCUACUGCUCGAUGGGGAGAGGGUGGAAGAGGCUCUGAGUGAAGUGGACUUUCAGUUGAAGCUGGACCUUCACUUCACAGACAACGAGGAACAGUUAGGGGACAUCGUGACAGUCCCAGUCAUCAGCAGUAGAACCCUGGGUCUCCACUUCCACCCCAGGAGAGGUCUCCACCACCAUGUACCUGUCAUGUUCGACUACUUCCACCUGUCCGUCAUCUCUGUCUCCAUACACGCAUCCUUGGUGGCCUUGCAUCAACCUCUCAUCAGUUUUGCCCGUACAGGGAAGGGUUCCUGGUUGGGUAAGGGCUCUCCAGAGAACGGUACUGACGUGUCAGCCAUGGGGGUAUCCAUGGAGAACCUGAUGUUUGGGGCUGGAUACUGCAAACCUGUCAUCACAGAGGGUAGUUUCUACGUCCCUAGUGAGAACUGUCUUCAGAGAGCUCACACGUGGCAUGGUAGACUCUGUCGCCUCCUACUGGUGGUACACCGAGGCGUACGCCGCUACUACACCACUCUGAUGAAGGAGAUACCACAGCUGGACCAAGUGGAAAUAGAGGAGCUACCUGUGGAAGAAACAUUAAAUCAGCUCACAAUAGAAUUACAGCUGCAGGUGGGCCAUGAGAAGGUAGCAGAACAGAUCAGUAGAGAUCUCACCCUGCUCUGCUCCCAGCUGUCGGCUUUGUGGACCCGCUUCCUGGAGGCUGCCGUACCCAACACACAUAUCCUGUCCCACCUGGCCCAGGAACACCACACACUCAGGGUCAGGCGAUUUUCAGAGGCGUACUUCUUCACAGAACACCCCAAAGAGACAUCCCUGUCAUUUCAAGAGGACCUGAUCAACAGACACUGUCAGAUAGCUGUGGAGGUGCGUAACUCCAACUACCUGACCAGGAUGCCACCAUUACCUGUAGAGUGCCUGGACAUUGACGGAGACUGGAACAGCCUGCCUAUCAUCUUCGAAGACCGAUAUGUAGAGUCUCCACGGACAGAUUGGGGAUCAUAUGCACCAACACAUCUGCCCACCAGUGAGCAGGCCAUCCCCAAGCCUCCUGUCACUGAUACAAACAUUAGUCCUCCUGCCCUGGACCAGCUCGCCAGCUCACCAGCAAUACCAACCCAGGAGCCUAAAGACAGUGAGGCUACGUACAGGUCUCUCAUAGGAGAGCAGAGCACCAGCGUUAUUACUGACAAGAUAGGUUCUCCAUCUAUUGAGACUCCAGACCCAGACCAGGCAGAAACAGCGGGAGAGCCAGUCCAGCCAGGGGAUCCAGAGGAGCAGACUGAGACAGAGGAGAUCUCAGAGGAGAGCCCUGGUUUAGGCCUGAGGUUCCUUACAGUCAGACCCACUGAUGUGGAUCCGUUCAGAGGAGAGGCAGUGCUCUCCUCCAACCACAAACACUGUACAGACCCACAACAUACUUCUAACAGUGAAGACACAACUUGGAAAGACUUGGAGAACCAUCAAGACAUCAUCACACAGAGAUACCAGAACAUCAUCAGUACAGGAAUUGACUUGGAUGUAGAAGAGAAGGACGUUGCUAUAGACGCCGACAGCAAGGAUGUUCCUCUGAGCAGUCUAACCAUUAACUCCCAGGCUCCACUCAAAGAUCAUCCCCUCACGCCCCCUCUACCUACAGACCUGAGGAGAGAACUGGCCAACCGAGGGGUGGGGGUUGGUGGCUCCAAGAUCCUAAACCGCUCCCCCUCCGUCAUCUCCGACUCUGGCAUCGAGAGCGAGCCCAGCUCGAUGGCUUGGCCCCUGGAUGUUUAUCGGACGGGAGGAGGGCGCCCUCUGGAGGAGAGCCUGGUACUGCAGCGCCUGGCGAGGAGAAACCCAGCCCACCGCAGUUCCCUAGAGGGCCUGCAGACAGAGAGCGGAAACAGCAGGGGCAGCCUGCCCAGUGGAGGGGGUGGCAGCGCUGGCAUCCAGGCCUCCCUCACCUCCAUCUCCUCCCUGCCCUACGAGGACGACGAGGAACAGAGGAACCAGCUCAGUAAACUGACCAAGUCUGUCUCAGCUCCUCAGAUCUCCAGCCCUGAGGACACAGAAGAGGACCAGGGAGGAGCGGAGGAGGAGGUAGACACGGAGAGCGAGGGGACCAGCGGGUACCAGGACCAGGAGGAGGGAUACACUACCAUCUCCACUGCUGCCACUAAUGUAACGACCUUAUCCGGGGUUAACCACUCCUCUCUGGAGGACAUCCAGGAGGGAGAGCUGCCUGAGGUUGGUCUGUUUGACUGGGGAGCAGCUCCGUCACCGCCCCAGCAGGUGACCAGAGCUCAUCAGGAGAGUGGUUGUGAUCUUAAAGAAACUCUUAGAUCUAAUGAAUCUGCUCUGCCAGAGGCCCUGUCAGACACUCAGGACAUGAAGGCAGUCUUAAGUGGCAUUAGUCGAGUUCCUGAAGUCUUGCUGUUCCAACAGUAUGUUGAAGGUCAUGAUGACGUGAAGGAUCCAGCUAUAGUCCGUCAGAUGGAGGAUAAGAACCAUCACAGAGGAGAUAGCAGUGGUGUGUUAAACUCAGUUGACCCAGGUCUCUGUGAAGUAGAGAUCGGCCCCUGUAGCUGUGAGACCAAACCCUGUGAACAUGACAGCAGUGUGCUGGUGGAUGAUGUGAAGGAUAAUCCAGUCAGGGAUGACUGUCAGAGUCUCCAUCAGAUUGGGUUGAAUGACCUUGUUGACCAGAAACAGCUGGAUCAUCACCAGACUCCGUCCCAGAGCCUCCAUCGGGUCGGGUUGCGUGACCUAGUGGUGGUCUCACAGAGGAAGAGCCUCCAUGACCCCAGGCCUAUCCCCUCUAUCCCCAACCACACAGAGAGACCCAUCCACCUCCUAGACCUUAUUGCCAAUGAUACGGCCAGGCCUGAUGACCUCAUAGGGCUCCCGGCCAAUGAGAGAGAGGAGCUGGAUCUCAACGGUCAGACCAAGCUGGCUAAGAUCCCCAGUAGCUCGGGGUCAGGGGCGGGCUCGGGGUCAAGCUCAGGGUCAAACUCAGGGUCAGGCCUAUCCUUUAUGAACAGGAAGAUGGUGGAGGUGGUGAAUAUGUCUGUGUCCUGCGCUCCGACCUGUCUUCCCUUCUCCUCCGUUGUCCGGGACUCACCGUCCAUUAGCGGCAUCUCCACUCGACAAGCCGCAUCCCCCAUUACCCAUCAGCCCCUGGGCUCCUUCGGCAUCAUCUCUUCGUCCUCGUCCAAUGCCCUGGGGCCAGAUGAUGAAACAAACGAGAGGAUGCUGCAUUUCUACAGGUCCAAAGAGGAUCUGGUGAAGGAGCUGGUAUUCCAGGCAACCCUGUACAGUGACCUCCCUCACCUGGCCUCCGACCUGCCCUACUUCCCCCCUGAGGAGGAGGAUGAGGAGUUUGAGGAUGGCAUACACCUGGUCGUCUGUGUCCACGGCCUUGAUGGCAACAGUGCAGACCUUCGCCUGGUGAAGACCUUCAUAGAGCUGGGAUUACCAGGGUCCAGACUGGACUUCCUCAUGUCUGAGAGGAACCAGACUGACACGUUUGCAGAUUUUGACACGAUGACGGACAGGCUACUAGAUGAGAUUAUCCAGCACAUUCAGCUGUACAACCUCACCAUUGGACGGAUAAGUUUCAUCGGUCACUCUCUUGGGAACGUGAUCAUCCGGUCGGUUCUGACAAGGCCUCGGUUCCGCUGCUACCUGAUCAAACUGCACACCUUCCUGUCUCUGUCCGGACCACACCUGGGAACUCUGUACAACAACAGCACGCUGGUCAGCACAGGUCUGUGGCUGAUGCAGAAGCUGAAGAAAUCCGGAUCGUUGCUGCAGCUUACCUGCAGAGAUCAUACCGAUCCUCGGAAAACAUUCCUCUAUCUCCUCAGCCAGAAACCAGGGCUCCAGUUUUUCAAGAAUGUGGUGUUGGUGGCAUCGCCUCAGGACAGAUAUGUUCCCUUCCACUCUGCCAGGAUAGAGAUGUGCAGGACUGCACUCAAAGACAGGACCACAGGUCCAGUGUACACGGAGAUGAUCAACAACCUACUCCAGCCGUUGGUGGGGUCUAAAGACUGUCGUCUGAUUCGCCAGAAUGUGUUCCACGCCCUGCCCAACACCGCCAACACUUUGAUUGGCCGAGCCGCUCACAUCGCCGUGCUCGACUCUGAACUCUUCUUGGAGAAGUUCUUCCUGGUAGCAGGGCUCAACUACUUUAAAUAGAACUUCAAACUACUUAAAACAGUAUUUCAAACUACAUUAAAGGGAUACUUCAGGAUUUUGGCAAUGAAAUCCUUUAUCUACAUCCCCAGAGUCAGAUUAACUUGUGGAUACCAUUUGAUUGUCUCUGUGUGCAGUUUGAAGGAAGUUGCUAACUAGCUUUAGCGCAAUUGCUAACUAGCGUUAGCACAAUGACUGGAUGUCUAUGGUAACUGCUAGCAUGCUAUAUACCAUAGACUUCCUGUCAUUGCGCUAAUGCUAGUCAGCAUUUGCUCACAAAACGACCUCUAACUUCCUUCAUACUGGAUGCAGAUACAUGGAUAAAAAAUGUAUGAGUUCAUCUGACUAUGGGAAAGUAGAAAAAGGGCUUCAUUGCCAAAAACCCGAAGUAUCCUUUUAAAUAGAGGCUCACCUACUUCAAGUACAGGCUCAAAUACUUAAAGUAGAUCCACUACUUCAAAUAGAGCUGUAGCUACAAAUAAACUGUGUGUGUGUAUGUAUGUAUGGCUUAGAGAGGCCCUAGGUCUUAAUGAAGAUCUCCUUGUUGUGGUUGACCGGAUAGGAGGAUUUGGCGAGAGAAAGGGGGUUGCACCACGAAAGGGGGUUGCACCAUGUGUGUGUGUGUGUGUGUGUAUACACACACAGUACCAGUCAAAAGUUUGGACACACCUACUCUUACCAAGGUUUAAAAAACAACAACUAUUUUCUACAUUGUAGAAAGAAAAGUGAAGACAUCUAAACUAUGAAAUAAGACUUAUGGAAUCAUGUAGUAAAAGCUCAGAAAAAUAAAGGGAACACUAAAAUAACACAUCCUAGAUCUGAAUGAAUGAAAUAUUCUUAAAUACUUUUUUCUUUACAUAGUUGAAUGUGCUGACAACAAAAUCACACAAAAAUCAUCAAUGGAAAUCAAAUUUAUCAACCCAUGGAAGUCUGGAUUUGGAGUCGCACUCAAUAUUAAAGUGGAAAAGCACACUACAGGCUGAUCCAACUUUGAUGUAAUGUCCUUAAAACAAGUCAAAAUGAGGCUCAGUGGUGUGUGUGGCCUCCACGUGCCUGUAUGACCUCCCUACAAUGCCUGGGCAUGCUCCUGAUGAGGUGGCGGAUGGUCUCCUGAGGGAUCUCCUCCCAGACCUGGACUAAAGCAUCCGCCAACUCCUGGACAGUCUGUGGUGCAACGUGGCGUUGGUGGAUGGAGCGAGACAUGAUGGAUUCAGGUCUGGGGAACGGGCGGGCCAGUCCAUAGCAUCAAUGCCUUCCUCUUGCAGGAACUACUGACACACUCCAGCCACAUGAGGUCUAGCAUUGUCUUGCAUUAGGAGGAACCCAGGGCCAACCGCACCAGCAUAUGGUCUCACAAGGGGUCUGAGGAUCUCAUCUCAGUACCUAAUGGCAGUCAGGCUACCUCUGGCGAGCACAUGGAGGGCUGUGCGGCCCCUCAAAGAAAUGCCACCCCACACCAUGACUGACCCACCACCAAACCGGUCAUGCUGGAGGAUGUUGCAGGCAGCAGAACGUUCUCCACGGCGUCUCCAGACUCUGUCACGUCUGUCACAUGUGCUCAGUGUGAACCUGCUUUCAUCUGUGAAGAGCACAGGGCGCCAGUGGCGAAUUUGCCAAUCUUGGUGUUCUCUGGCAAAUGCCAAACGUCCUGCACGGUGUUGGGCUGUAAGCACAAACCCCACCUGUGGACGUCGGCCCCUCAUACCACCCUCAUGGAGUCUGUUUCUGACUGUUUGAGCAGACACAUGCACAUUUGUGGCCUGCUGGAGGUCAUUUUGCAGGGCUCUGGCAGUGCUCCUCCUGCUCCUCCUUGCACAAAGGCGGAGGUAGCGGUCCUGCUGCUGGGUUGUUGCCCUCCUAUGGCCUCCUCCACGUCUCCUGAUGUACUGCCCUGUCUCCUGGUAGCGCCUCCAUGCUCUGGACACUACACUGACAGACACAGCAAGCCUUCUUGCCACAGCUCGCAUUGAUGUGUCAUCCUGGAUGAGCUGCACUACCUGAGCCACUUGUGUGGGUUGUAGACUCCGUCUCUUGCUAGCACUAGAGUGAGAGCACCGCCAGCAUUCAAAAGUGACCAAAACAUCAGCCAGGAAGCAUAGGAACUGAGAAGUGGUCUGUGGUCACCACCUGCAGAACCACUCCUUUAUUGGGGGUGUCUUGCUAAUUGGGGGUGUCUUGCUAAUUGCUAAUGAUAAUUCCCACCUGUUGUCUAUUCCAUUUGCACAACAGCAUGUGAAAUCUAUUGUCAAUCAGUGUUGCUUCCUAAGUGGACAGUUUGAUUUCACAGAAGUGUGAUUGACUUGGAGUUACAUUGUGUUGUUUAAGUGUUCCCUUUAUUUUUUUGAGCAGUGUAUAUUUUAUAUUUGAGAUUCUUCACAGAAGCCACCCUUUGACUUGAUGACAGCUUUGCACACUCUUGGCAUUCUCUCUCAGCCAGCUUCAUGAGGUAGUCACCUGGACUGUAUUUCAAUUAACAGGUGUGCCUUGUUAAAAGCUAAUUUGUGUAAUUUCAUUCCUUCUUAAUGCGUUUGAGCCAAUCAGUUGUGUUGUGACAAGGUAUGGGUGGUAAACAGAAGAUGGCCCUAUUUGAGAAAGACCAAGUCCAUAGUAUGGCAAGAACACAUCAAAUAAGCAAAGAAAAACGACAGUCCAUCAUUAAUUUAAGACAUGAAGGUCUGUCAAUCUGGAACAUUUCAAGAACUUUGAAAGUUUCUUCAAGUGCAGUCGCAAAAACCAUCAAUUGCUAUGAUGAAACUGGCUCUCAUGUGGACCGCCACAGGAAAGGAAGAUCCAAAGUUACCUCUGCUGCAGAGGAUAAGUUCAUUAGAGUUACCAGCCUCAGAAAUUGCAGCCCAAAUAAAUGCUUCACAGAGUUCAAGUAACGGACACAUCUCAACAUCAACUGUUCAGAGGAGAUUGUGUGAAUCAGGCCUUCAUGGUCGAAUUGCUGCAAAUGUACCACUACUAAAGGACAUCAAUAAUAAGAAGAGACUUGUUUGAGCCAAGAAACCCAAGCAAUGAACAUUAGACCGGUGGGAAUCUGUCCCUUAAUCUGAUGAGUCCAAAUUUGAUAUUUUUGGUUCCAACCACCAUGUCUUUGUGAGACGCAGAGUAGAUGAACGGAUGAUCUCUGCAUGUGUGGUUCCCACCAUGAAGCAUGGAGGAGGAGGUGUGAUGGUGUGGGGGUGCUUUUCCAGGUGACACUGUCAGUGAUUUAUUUAGAAUUCUAGACACACUUAAACGGCAUGGCUACCACAGCAUUCUGCAGCGAUACACCAUCCCAUUUGGUUUGCGCUUAGUGGGACAAUAAUUAGUUUUUCAACAGGACAAUGACCCAAAACACACCUCCAGGCUGUGUAAGGCCUAUUUGACCAAGAAGGAGAGUAAUGGAGUGCUGCAUCAGAUGCCCUGGCCUCCACAAUCAGCCGACCUCAACCCAAUUGAGAUGGUUUGCGAUGAGUUGGACUGCAGAGGCAAGGAAAAGCAGCCAACAAAGGCUCAGUGAAUGUCAGAACUCAUUCAAGACUGUUGGAAAAUAAUUCCAGGUGAAACUGGUUGAGAGAAUGCCAAUAGUGUGGAAAGCUGUCAUCAAGGCAAAGGGUGGCUACUUUGAAGAAUCUAAAAUAUAUUUUGAUUUGUUUAAUACUUUUUUGGUAACUACAUGAUUCCAUAUGUGUUAUUUCAUAGUUUUGAUGUCUUCACUAUUAUUCUACAAUUUAGAAAAUAGUAAAAAUGAUGAAAAACACUUGAAUGAGUAGGUGUGUCCAAACUUUUGACUGGUACUGUAAAUAUAUAAAAUAUGUUUACCCCUGUUGUCAAGGAGGUGGUCAUAAGCUCUAUACAAUCCAUCCAUAUGAACAGUUGUAUUCAGUAUGUCAAGUGAAAUGACUGACGUGGCGCAUCGUGUGGCUCAUGUUGAUGUUGUGUAGGCCUUAUGAACUCCCCUUCAUCCCAAAGUAUAGUCAACGUAAUGUUCAUCCCAAAGCACUACCAAAUGAUAUUUAUACUCAAGAGCAUUUCUUUUUUGGUCAUGAAUCCUGACCUGAAAUGACUAGUCUGAAUGAAUCACUGGAUAAAGGAUCUACUUGAAGGAUUGCAUGUAUGAAAUUGAUAAAAAACUAAUAAGAUAGUUGCUUGGAAUUGAACUACUUGAUUGUACAUUUUAUAAUAGACAUGUUUCAAACUCUACAGAUAACUAUUGUAUAAAGUACAAUUGUUUCUUUUUACGAAUGGAAUUUAGAUAUCAUUUUAAAUAAUGUAUUUUCUAUUAUGUCAUAUCCAUACGUUCGUCAGACUAUGAACAUUGUAUUGUGGAUUUUAAAUCAUACAAUUUCAACAUAUAACAUGAAGGCCAAAUCAAGAGGUUAACCCUCUCUGCAGUAUACACUGUAAUAUAUAUACAAUGCAAGGAGAAGGUGUUCCAUAUAUUUAUUGUAUAAGUUGAUAUAUAUUACAUAUCUAAAAAGUGUGUGUUUGUGGAAAGAAUUUGUGUGUCAAUCAAACUGCUAAGUUGAGUUGAACGCUUAUCAACCAUGUAAUGCCUUUGUGUUCUUUAAAAUAAGGUAUAUCCCAACCUCCAUAAGGUAUCAUUUACCUUCUACCGACUGUAUUGAUCCUAUUGAGAUAUAAGCAUUACUACACUGAGAUAUGAUAAUUGCUAUACUGAGAUAUGAGUAUUACAAUACUAAGAUACAGUUGAAGUCGGAAGUUUAUAUACAUCUUAUCCAAAUACAUGUAAACUCAGUUUUGAACAAUUCCUGACAUUUAAUCCUAGUAAAAAUUCCCUGUCUUAGGUCAGUUAGGAUCACCAUUUUAUUUUAAGAAUGUGAAAUGUCAGAAUAAUAGUAGAAUGAUUUAUUUCCGAUUUGAUUUCUUUCAUCACAUUCCCAGUGGGUCAGAAGUUUACAUACACUCAAUUAGUAUGGGUCAAACAUUUCAGGUAGCCUUCCACAAGCUUCCCACAAUAAGUUGGGGGAAUUUUGGCCCAUUCCUCCUGACAGAGCUGGUGUAACUGAGUCAGGUUUGUUGGCCUUCUUGCUCGCACACGCUUUUUCAGUUCUGCCCACAAAUUUUCUAUGGGAUUGAGGUCAGGGCUUUGUGAUGGCCACUCCAAUACCUUGACUUUGUUGUCCUUAAUCCAUUUUGCCACAACUUCGGAAGUAUGCUUGGGGUCAUUGUCCAUUUGGAAGACCCAUUUGCGACCAAGCUUUAACUUCCUGUCUGAUGUCUUGAGAUGUUGCUUCAAUACCUGUAUAUCCCCAUAAUUUUCCUCCGUCAUGAUGCCAUCUAUUUUGUGAAGUGCACCAGUCCCUCCUGCAGCAAAGCACAAAAUGAUGCUGCCAUCCCCGUGCUUCAUGGUUGGGAUGGUGUUCUUCGGCUUGCAAUCCUCCCCCUUUUUCCUCUAAACAUAACAAUGGUCAUUAUGGCCAAACAGUUCUAUUUUUGUUUCAUCAGACCAGAGGACAUUUCUCCAAAAAGUACGAUCUUUGUCCCCAUGUGCAGUUGCAAACCGUAGUCUGGCUGUUUUUAUGGCGGGUUUUGGAGCAGUGGCUUCAUCCUUGCUGAGCGGCCUUUCAGGUUAUGUUGAUAUAGGACUCGUUUUACUGUGGAUAUAGAUACCCUUGCACCUUGUUUCCUUCAGCUUCUCCACAAGGUCCUUUGCUGUUGUUCUGGGAUUGAUUUGCAUUUUUCGCACCAAAGUACAUUCAUCUCUAGGAGACAGAACGCGUCUCCUCCCUGAGUGGUAUGAUGGCUGCACGCUCCCAUGCUGUUUAUACUUGCGUAUUAUUGUUUGUACAGAUAAACGUGGUACCUUUAGGCAUUUGGAAAUUGCUCCCAAGGAUGAAGCAGACUUGUGGGGGUCUAAAAAAAAAUUUCUGAGGUCUUGGCUGAUUUCUUUUGAUUUUCCCAUGAUGUCAAGUAAAGAGGCACUGAGUUUGAAUGUAGUCCUGGAAAUACAUCCACAGGUACACCUCCAAUUGACUCAAAUUAUGCCAAUAGCCUAUCAGAAGCUUCUAAAGCCUUGACAUCAUUUUCUGGAAUUUUCCAAGCUGUUUAAAGGCACAGUCAACUUUGUGUAUGUAAACUUCUAACUCACUGGAAUUAUGAUACAGUGAAUUCUAAGUGAAAUAAUCUGUCUGUAAACAAUUGUUGGAAAAAAUACUUGUGUCAUGCACAAAGUAGAUGUCCUAACCGACUUGCCAAAACUAUGGUUUGUUUAUAAUGAAUGUGUGGAGGGGUUGAAAAACAAGUUUUAAUGACUCCAACCUUAGUGUAUGUAAAUGUCCGACUUCAACUGUAUGAGUAUUACUAUACUGAGAUAUGAGUCUUACUAACUACACUGCGAUAUGAGUCUUAUUAUCUACACUGAGAUAUGAGUGUUACUAUACUGAGAUAUGAGUGUUACUAUCUACACUGAGAUAUGAGUCGUACUAUCUACACUGAGAUAUGAGUCUUACUAUCUACACUGAGAUAUGAGUCUUACUAUCUACACUGAGAUAUGAGUCUUACUAACUACACUGAGAUAUGAGUGUUGCUAUGCUGAGGUGUGAGUCUUACUUUACUGAGUCCAUUGUGUAAUUAUCUGGGUUGAUUAAGAUUUUAAAUAUCAUAGAAUCAUGAAAUAACAAUGGCUUUGCCACAUAUCCCUUGGAAACUACCAUAGAUUAAAAAAAAAAGAUUUAUCACACUGUUUGUGCGUUGCUUCUAGAGUUAUAUUUCGUAUGCACUGAUCGAACCUUUAAAUGUUGCUACCUUGUCUAUGACAGGAACAGUAUAAUAAGGAAGUCACGUUCCUGAAUCUGAGAACAGUGUCUCUCCUAUAGACACUGACUGGUAGGCACUGUGCUUCUGUUCAUCAAGAUCAAAUAAUGUUUACAUUUUUAGAUUUACAGGGAUGUUGUCAUGGCAUCACAUGGAGGGUGACUGAAGGUGUGUCUAUGGAGGUCAUAUACCUAUACAGACCUGUAUUUAUUAUUUGCACUGGUUUGACUGACAAGUGCACUUUAUGGUGGACGUUUACAUCAAGUAGGCCAAAAGAACCACUUGCUUUACGAAGUCCACGCACUCCAAGGUUGUCCUUCAUGGAUGGAUACUUUACAUGAUAUUGUACAUACUCCGUUCUCCCUGCACAGGUCAGCUUUGAAGGAUGUGUCCAUGCAGCUAGCGCCAAGCCACAAAGCUUGACCUUACUCGUCUCCUAUUGUAACGUCUCCUAGUGUUCUGUUGUCACUGUCAUUAAGCCCUUUCCUAGUGUCCUUGCAGUACAAAAGGUGACAUCUCCAAGUGGUAUUUUUCUUAAGUUGAGCUCCUGCGGCUGCUCUGUGUGCUACAGUGCUGCCUGGUAAGCAGAGUGUCACUGUGAUUGACUUGAAUUAAAUGGCUCCCGUUAGGACACACACACAUGAGCGCACGCACGCCGCGCACACAUACACACCAAUAGAAAGUUGGCUAGGUUGUUCCCGUUAGGACGAUGAGGAGAUGGCUGGUUGUGAAACCUCUACAGCAGCUGUGUCAGCAGUCUGGUAGAGCUAGCAGGCUUCAUGCAUCAUUUCCUUCUGACAUCCCUCUUGCCUGUUUGCUUUUACCCCCAAAGGGCCAAGUUCUGUUUGUCUGUUUGCCCAAAGGUUUACAUUGUUCGUGAAGUAAAGGUUUGAGUUGUCAUGCUCUCCAAGGGCAUGUAUGGAUUUUUGAUGUUGAUGUCCAUGCUUUACAGGUUGUGUGGUUUAAGUUAUUGAUAUGUCAUAAUAGUUUUCUGUGUCUAUAUUUUCCUGAAGGUACAUAAUACAGGCAGUGUAGGCCUACACAUCUUUAUACUCAACAUGCAGCUUUAUUCAAUAGAUUUUGAUCAUUAUGUUUCUUUGGUCAAACAAAACAUUCUGAUAGGAAAAUCCUUGUCUGCUUUCGCACAGUCAGACAGGUCUGCUGUUCUGGUGUUGUUAUGAAGAGAUGAACACUUUCCAUUUCAAAUGGUUUUAACUUUAUUUAAACAUAGUUAUUCUUCUUUAUUUCAUGUUCACCCCUACAGUAGAUAUGACUUACCUCUGUCAUCUUAACAACCCCUAACUUUUUGUAUUUGAUUAAUUAUUAUUCAUCAUUGUGAGAGUGAAUACCUAUUUGUUACAGUGUGUGUGUGUGUGUGUGUGUCACAGGCCGACUGGUGGCACCUUAAUUGGGGAGGACGGGCUCAUAGUAAUGACUGGAAUGGUAUCGAACACCAUUUCAUUCACUCCAUUCCAGCCAUUAUUAUGAGUCGUCCUCCCCUCAGCAGCCUCCUGUGGUGUGUGUGUGUGUCCUCUAUGUGUGUGUCCUCUUCUGUAUAAAAUGCUCCAAGGGGAGACCUAGUCAGUUGUACAACUGAAUGCAUUCAACUGAAAUGUGUCUUCCGCAUUUAACCCAACCCCUCUGCAGCUUUGUGUCAUGUUUGUGUAGUGAGUUUAUGUAGAUGGUAUUAUCAUUGUCUGUCUGCUGAGGAUUGUGCUGGAAUAUGACACUUUUCCAGCUGUUUGGCAAGAAUGAAAAAAAAAAAGUCAACUUGUGAAUAACAUUGUAUUUAUUUAUUGAAUCAAGUAUUUUCUUUUUGCUAACAGUAUAAUAGAAUCCGUGCCAAUAAUACUAAUCUAAUGUUUUUCUAUGUUUGCUUACUGUAUGUGUCCCUUAGUAGCUGGUGCCCAUGUAAAAAUAUACAUACAUAUAUUACAGAACAUUAUGAUAUAAACAAUAUCAACAUAAUAAAAAGUAUGUUUCUUUA